AACAGUGUGGCAAAACUGUGCAGUACUGGAAACAAUUUUUAAGUUUGUGCUUUACAGAGUCCAGUCGUGAGUACUGUUGUUUUACUCCACUGUUCUUUUCCUUGGACAAAAGCAGAGCAAUCUCUAAAUACUCUUUAAAUGUCGAUAACUUAAAGCAGAAAAGGAAAAGAAAGAUGUCCUCUGUUAAGGAACAAGCAGCAACUGGUCGAUUUAUGUCCUUUCUGCAGGAGUGGGACCAUGGCAACAAAGGUGUCCGAAGUCGAAUAUUAAGUGACUUCAUUAAUAUAAAUAAAGGGAAAACUGGCCCAGAGUUGGAACUAGAGUUUGCUCAGGCAGCCAGCUUAUUUCUGACUAGGCUUACAUCAUGGCUACGACUGACAUAUAUGAUUGGUACUAGCCUAACUCAACAAUUAGAGGCAAUCAAUAUAUUCUUGAGUGCUACCAGUGGUCAUCGAUAUCUUAUUGAGUUCUUGGAAGUUGGAGGAGUCUUGACCUUGCUUGAGAUCCUAGGGCUAAAGCAGCUGAAAGAAGAAGACAAAACUGAAGCCAUCAGUCUACUUCAAAUAAUUUCCAACAGUGGCAGAAAGUAUAAAGAGCUGAUAUGUGAGAGCUAUGGUGUGCGAGCCAUAGCAGAAUGCCUGGCAAAGUCCAAAACAGAAGAUUUGCAAGAACAAGCCCGAACUCUACUGGAAUCUCUUGCACAUGGAAAUCCUAAGUACCUGAUUCAAGUCUACAAAGGACUAAUUGCCCUUCUGCUGAGCACAUCACCCAAGGCACAGCAACUUGCUCUACAGGCACUAAGAGCCACCCAGCCAAUUGUGAAAACAGCUCAUCCCAGUAUAGUAGAGCCUCUCCUGGCCCUUCUAAGAACUUUACAUUUUGAAGUACAGUAUGAAGCAAUUGAACUGAUUAAAGACCUCAUGGAGUAUGAAGUCCGCUCAGCUCUGCUAAGUGGUUUAGUAAAACUGCUAAAACCUCCAAAGGACAAUGACAACAACAGACCUGGAAUACUAACUGACACAGAAGUGCCAAUCCUGUCGAAAGCUUUACCAGUGUUUGUCCAGCAAGCUGCUGCAGCCAAGACUACUGGCAUCCUGGCUAUGGAUUCCCUAGAAACUGCAGAAGAACUUGUGAGACUAGAAGUUAUACAUCACCUUCUGUAUGCUAUGGGGAACCAGGACCAUGCAGACAGCCAACGGCAAGCCAGUGUUUCUCUGGAGUGUUUUGUUCGACGAUUUCCAGUUGUUGAGGAGCAAGUGAAAAAGACAAUGGGAGAGCCUCUCUUCAACCUGUUCAUGACUGAUGCUGAGGCUCUGUACAUGAAGCUGGAUCCCAUUCAGAUUGAUGUUCUUGUAUCCAACAAAUUCACCAUCCCUGGCGUGACAGACAUCACGGAAUGAGGGCACAUCACCACCAUAUUCAUAUUCACCUUGAGCUGUUCACUAAGAGAAGGAAAUGUCUGCACAUUGGUUUACUUAAUAUAAUACUGAAAACUUUUGUAUCUGUGUUUCUUGUAAAUGUGAAAUUAAUUUUGAAACUACAACAAUGCAAAACAUGUUUAUAUGUAUUUCCUUUUACUGUCAUCGAAGAUUGCUAUUUGAGGUGUAACACUGAAUCCAAGGAAUUUCAGUUCAGAGACACAAAAACAAAACUAACAUUUAAUUACAAUGCAGCAUAUAUGAGGUAAUCCUAUAACACUUGAAUCUUAGCCUACUAAGAAGUUCUUUCACAAAGAGUUGAUCCAUAGUGCGAUUAUGUUAGCUGCAGGUAAAAUAACUGGUUAUAUUAAACUUAAAGAGUAGCUAUAUUUAAUACCUGUAUUUAAUAAUAAUAAUAUAGGCACACCAAUUUGUAAAUAAGCUGAAAUGCCUAGAUCUUCAUUAAGUCUGUUAAAAGCAUGCAUUUAUUUCCAAUAUAUAGUUUUUAAUACUCCUGUUAAAUUACUACAGUAAAAGCAAUUUACAUUUUAUCCACUAAAAUCAACCAUUUUGAGUUAGCACUGUUUGUCUACCACAAUACAUGAAAGACAUCACAUGAGGAAUAUAUGAUGACUAUAUUUUAACUAAAACAUUUAUAACUAGUAAAGCUAGAACCAACCACACAGCCUUAACCACAGUAGACCUCUCAACUACCUUAUGUUAGGGGAGCAUUCCUAAUUCCAGGCUUGAUUUAUCCCUUCGCACAAUUUUCUGAAUCCCCCUCAUCAGAUGUGAUUUUUGAAACUGUCUAAUACACAGAAAACUACACUGCAUUACCAACAUACUAGUGGCAAUGAUUGUUUAAAGAAAGAGGACACACGCCUUACAACUCCUUUUUUCAAAAGCAAAUAUAAGUGACCUUGAGUGGAAGAAUUUUACAGUGCAGUUCAUUACGGUUUACACAUUUUACACUGUCUCGUUGAUAAUGUGCUUAGAUUUUUCCAUCAUUUUUUUCACUGUGUGUUUCUUAAAUGUGUUUCUGAGUAGUAUCCAACAUUUCUACUGGAAGCAGGAAGAGUUAUGUGCUAUUUGAUAUUCAAAUAUUAUUGUAAUUGAACAUCUAGGUUUUUGGCUGGAAGUACCUACUUUUCAAGGGUUAUUGUACCUAUUUUCAAUGUCUGCAGGUUGAGAGGUAUGACCACAGUGCAGGGUCUCACCAAUGGUUUUCAACUUACAAAAAAGUGAUGUGAGUAAUUGCCAAAAGUGGUUAUAUAAGGAACACAUGCUAUUGUAUUCAGAAGAAAGGGAGUAAUGUUAGCUUGUGCAGGGUAAAUACUAUUUAAAGAAGAGCAACUGAAUCUGAUGCUUCAGAUGAAAAGAAAGGCCAUAUAUUAUACUAUACUAUACUAUACUACUCAAAUGAUUCUCUCAGAAUUAGAUCUAGACCUAAUGUGAAAUGCACUGAGCAUGCAUCAUCACUGCAGAGGUGUCAUAAUACUGAUUUAUGUUCAAAAUAUCAUUGGUAGUAUUACUUGUAAAGGGAAGCAGGUAGUCCCUUAAUCCCACAACCACAUUUGUUCACUAAAACAAUGAAGGUUCAGUGGGAGUUAUGGGUAUUACCCUUUAAAAGUCAGAAAUGAUAGUAUCCCUUUAGUUUUGUUAACUAGGGCUAACAAGUGGUAUACUUUCAGUGUGCAGAUGCUUUACCACAGUGUCACUAGCUCAGCAUGGAGCACACUGAUGCUGCUUGUACUCAUAUUCCAGUAUAGACAGUGCAGUACAGUGCAGUAAUGGGGGUGCUGGACUUCUAAAGUGCUAUCAUUCACAUAAGAAGAUUCACCCAGGUCCCCUAUGUGUGAGAUGGUGUUAGUUUGGUUGAUGGUAAACAUGUCAUUAUCAACAAGAGUGCAGGCUUUUAUUUAAUGCUUAAUCAAAUCUCAAUACAUUUAACAUUUUUUUCUUGUAAAAAUUUUUAUAUCAUAUUACUUGCCAUUACAAUUCCUUCUCUGUUAUUUUAAUCCAGAUCUCCUCAACCUUGUGUCCAUGUAUAUUUCUUAUUACUUUACAUUCAUGUUCACAAUUUCACUUUUAUUCUAUAUUUAUAUUAAUUUUGUUGCAUCUCCGUGCUUAGGAACCAACAGAUCAGUUGCCAUGAUAAUCUGUAUUCAUCCCCUAUAGGUAGGAGUAGAUCAUGGAGUGACAAUCCAUAUUAUAAGUAUUUCAAAGAGUGGGGAUACAAUCAAUAUACCAUGGAGAUGUCACUCACUCAUAGAGAUGAAACAGCCCUCCUAAUAGCACUGCCCCCCCCAUAAGUGAUAAGAUCAUAACAGGUCUCCAGUCUCUGCCAAAAAUACAAUGAAGAGAAACACAUCUUAGAGAAAUGUUCUUUCCUUACCACCCAGGUAGAAGAGAACAGACAACGCUUUAUUACCCUCCCUUUCCAGAUAGUAUAGGAACCAGUCUGCUAAUCUAGUCUGACCAAUCCGUGUCACAGAUCUCCACCCCUGUAUGCUAUAUAGUUAGACUUCAUUUGCAAGAAGUGUCCCAAGUCUUCCUAGCCAUGCUCUUCCACACAUGUGCUGUCACAGCCUAAUGUUUCCCUUCUGUCAGAAGACCCCCCCUAUUCUCAUAAAAUCCAUACAUCAUAUCUCCAGCUUUAUAUCACAUAAGUAUAUUAUGUUUAACAUGUUUUCUGCUUUUGUUUUUUCCAAAAGCAUUCAUACCUUUACAUUUUGAAACACAUUCUCUACAGUUUCAUCUUUUUCUUCACAUUCCACAAUACUGCAUUUUCUUUUUUUAAAUCCUAUAUUAUGUUUGGGCUUUCAUAGAAGUUUUUAUAUGCCAGUCCCUACAUGAAGCCUCAUUCAUUUAAUUCCCUAGUAAUUUUAAUAUUCUUUUAUUGAUUCUUUUUCUUGCUCAUAUCAUCUGUUUAUCCUCUUUUCUGAGUAAAUAUUUACUUAACCUUACACUCCUAUAAUUAUCUUUUUCUUCCUCCAUACCUGAUGAUGAUUGAACCCUCUUGCCAUAAGUCUUGAUCCUAGUUGUUCUCAGCACACAGGAGCCUUCCUGCAUUGAGCAACAGCCAGACAAAGGGGGGCUGUCAUCCGGACAGUCAUAGAGGACCUUGUGCCCCUGCUGUAUCUUCUCCUUGCUACUGGGGAAAGGAUAUCUUUGUUCCAAAAACUUUAGGAUCUGACUUCAACCCUCCAGGAGCUUCUCCUAUUGCAGAACAGAUCCAAACUUUUCCCAGACUAGGGGAACUACUUGGCAUUUCUCCUCUCUUAUCAGGCUGCAUCAUGUUGGAUGAAGGCUAUGACAACAUUUCUAUUUAGAUUCAUAUCUUCACCCAUAGUUGGCUGAUGUGAGCACCUGCAACAUUGUGAGGGCAUGCCACACCUUCCCCUUGGACAUGCAUGCUACCACAGACACCCUGGUGAAGGCUUCUAUUGUUGGCUUGGCAACACCAAGCUCACAUUUCUGGUAUAGCUCUUUGUGCACUGUACAAGCCUUAGCUUGCAUGGUAGCAAUUUUGCUAGCCAGAACAACAUCUCCUUUUCUCCAGGAUAAGCAAGCUUGCAUUGACUCCUCUCACCCAGUCCAGCUUUUCCAGUACCCGAACCAUUAUUGUACUUGAGAUGUCUAGGCUGUAGUCAGAGCUUUAUCACUCUUGCACCCCUGAAACAGAAUAUAUUUUCCUUCUCUUACAGACUUCAUUACAUCUCAGAUUCUACUACUGCCUAACAGAAAAACAUCUCUUGCAUAUCUUUAUUCAAGUCCUCAAACCUCAAGCUUUUACUUUUUCACGUUUAUUUCACCAUUCCUUAUACACCUUUAAUGCAAUCAUAUUUUCUUCUCUUCAAACUUUGCAAAUAUAAUGUAUACUUGCUUAAAAAAAUACUACUGCCUGUACCGUGUUUAUUCUUCCCUAUUUUUCCCAUGUAUAAAGCAUGUCUAGAAUUUAUUCUGUACUUCCAAAUAAAAGUAAAAAAAAUGUGUGAAUUUCAGAGCAUCACAUAAAUCACCACAGUCUGGAAAAUAUGUUACAGUGCACUAUAUGUAACAAUGCAAAUAACCAUGACUAUAGUAACAAAAGGUGGUAUGCAAUUCAAACCGUACAGUAGCAUGCACAUUAACUUUAGCUAGAGAUGGCAUUAGCAUUUCGAUGAUCAGGACUACUAUCCUAACUGAAAUUUUGGCACUGCAGUCAAGCCAUGUGACUCAUACAAUACAGAUCCACCUAUCCAAUGUCUACAUGGAAUUGCUCUUUCCUUCUGUUGGAUGCAGUCAGUGAUGAUCAGCUUACAACAAUGAAGAACAUUUGUAAUCUAGUAACAUAUAGGUAUCUUGUUUGUGGCACUUGUAUGAAAACUGUUAUGUUAGUACUACAUACUGUAAGAAAGGAAACCCACAUUAAAGUUUUGAAAUGAAGUAUGAAUUGACGGCCACUGUAUAGGUUUCGGACUCCACAACUCAGUCCAAUUAUAUGUGUUCCAAAGAUGAUCUAUGGUUCAAAACAGAUGCCAUGCAAUGUCAAGUAAUUUCUCUAAGACACACAAAUACACACACACACCACCAAACAAAACUAACACAUUUUGUCAGGACUGCUGAAAUUUGUGCACAUCAUCUCUACUGGAGUAGAGGAAUAAAGCCAUGACUAUGACCCAGAAGACUAGGGUUUAAUUAGCUCAAACACCUUUUAGGGCAGUGGGGUUGGGGGACAUAGAAGAAAAACAAGGCUUUGCCUGACAAUUUCUCUUCAGGAGGGAGGGACAGGGUGAUAUAUUGAUGAGGGCAGUCCAUUCUUGUAGCCCUGGUGAAAAAUGAUGCUCAGAAUGAUAGCCAAGCUACAUAAGAUGGGUUUUAAGUUUCAUCACUUUCAUAAUGAGGGGAAGAGAGAUGCAAGUAGACCACACUUCAUAGCAUGCAAGUGUUUCAGUGGAGCACCCACUGUCUUUGCUCCGUGAUCUUCAUUCAGGAAGUCUGAGUGUUCUUGGAAAUGCGCAGUGCAUAUUUCAUUAUUACAAGCUUUGAUAAUGUUUACUUUCAUUGUUUUACAUUUGUUUUCUCGUCUUGGUAAUAAGCAUUUCAGUCAUGAGCACAUUCGAUCUACUAAAGUAAUAUAGGCACACAACGUACUGUGUAAGGAAUAAUGGAAAUUAGUGCCACACACCUGUAUGAAAUGCCUACCACAGUUAGUAGCCAAUCAUGCCAUGGUAUGUAGUCAUGCACUGGCAUUACUUUACCCAGUAUAAGGUAUUAUGAUGCCUGGGUUAUGAAAAGUGACUUAAAAUGUGAUGUCUGUACUUUGCUUCUUUUUUGAUUUAGACUACAACACAUCUGUAAGCUAUAGUUAAGAUUUAUAUGAAACAGAAAACUGCACUUGUGAAAUUGUAUUUGGAGGAUGCCCUAGCAGUGACAGGAUAAUUGUAUUUCUAUGUGUUCUUUCAUGCAAUAUUUAGAAGAAAACAUGCUGGAAAGCUGUAACCUUAUUCUUCAGCAUUUGUGUUAGAAAAUGCAGUUUCACAUGAAAAAGAUUGAUGGCUUUGACUGUAAUUGCAGGAAGGUGAUAAAACUGAGUCAAGAAAGCAAGGCCCAUAAAAUUCAAUUAAAUGACUCUUCAAAGAAAUAGCUGACAAGAGCUGGGAAAGCAGCCAUUAGUAUGUGAUUGUGAAACUGCUGCAUUGUACCUAUGGAGUUCUGGACAUGGAAAAUAGUUGGUUACACUUCUGGUUUCUGUGGGAAGAGAAGACAAAAGCUAAAAUAUAUACCGUGCUGUAAUCAGUAUAGAAAGCCAGUCUUGCUGGAAGACACUGAAGAAAUAAAAUCUAUGUAAGUUUGCUGUUUUG